AUGAAAAAUAUGGCUUUACAAUCGGUUUUCUCGUUGAUUUAAACUGUUAAUACACAAAAGCGAGCGCAUUCGUCCGGCACAAACACCUUUAAUCAAUUACAUUUAAUAUUUAAUUACGCGCCGGUUAUUACUUCUCCACGAUAGUACAAAUUAACCAUCAGCUAAGUCGUAAAAGAAAACAAUAACGGCUAAAGGCUUACCUGAGACGGCAUUAGGGGUGGGAAGGUAUACACAUGAAGCAUGUAAUCCCUAUGGGCCUAUGCAUUCCCACACCUUUCAUAAUCGCGAGACAACGGUAUUAAUUAGCUGAAGAUUUCGCUGUACGUGUUCACACCAGAGGGCGCAGUUAGGUUACCGACAACGUGGUUUAGCCUCAGUCGUACCAAGCUUCAUAGAGCGUCGACCGGACUAAUGGAGUCAGGAAACGGCGUGUCACGUCACCAGGAAAGUUUGUGUAUCUGGCAACCUACGUGAUUGAUUUACGGAUUAUUGUUUCACAUGUACAUAUGACUUCACAGGAAUGAUAUCCCACCAGUAUGUUUGAUGGUUGUACCGAUUUCCGAUCCAAAAAUAUUUUAAGGCUCAGAUAUAUGUUUGUGUAAACAAAUUGAUGUGUAUUUAAGGAAUUAUACCACCAUGAUUUACAUGUAGACUCGAUAGGGAUUUAUUUGGGACACGGUUUCAGUCGAUUUCGUUUUCACCAGCACUCGACCCACGAUUUAAGCAUGACAGAGCGGGGCAUAAGGGCGCCUCGUCCCUGGAAUACAAGGCUGUAUCAUAGCAACCUUAACAUCCCUAAGUCGCUAACUCAGUAUGACUUUAUCUCCUCUUCCAAGAAGAGUUCCUCAAUGGACGCUCUCCAUCGGGUAAAAACUACAUUUCCCGCACAACGACAACGACGAGAACGACACCGGAAGGAAGUGAUAAAGAGGGAUGAAGGGGACCGACUUCCGCUCAUUUUACCAAAACUCGAACCGGAUAUAGAUAUAGAUCUGGAUGUGACAGUGAGAGAUGCAAGUGCAAAGGUUAACGAAGUGUCCAUGUCGGAUAAAAGUGAGGACGAGCGUAUGAGUUACGACGAGGAGACUGCUAACGAUGCUGACAGCGAGGCAUCGGAUGAUUAUUUUAACUUCGACGACGACACUGCCACUGCUCGAUCAAAACUGGAAAAAAUAGGGGAGUUCGAAAUGGAGCAUAACUGGUUGUUACAUGAAGAUUUACAACGGAAACGUGACGAGUUUAACUCACAAUCAAAAAAGUUGCGUGUUUCUCUUCCAGAGGAGGAUCCGGUGGAAAUGAUGGAAAACCGGAUGGAUGAGGUUCGCUCAAUGAUGAGGCCGAAGGCAGAGUUGGGCCACUUCCUGGAUAAAAUUGACCCAGAGCAAAGAGAGAAAAUCAUGCGCCUGGACCAUCAACAGAAAAUAGCCAAAAUGGAUGGAGGAGCGAUCAAGAAACAACGCUUCAAACGAGGAAUGAGGGCAAUUGAGAAAUUCAAACAUGCUGUAGAAUUGGUGCUGAUACUGGCGCGGGCCUGUAUUUCUAGGCGGAAAUACUACAAGGAAGUGAAGCCUGAAACAGCCCUUGCCGUCAAACGCCUGCGACAGAAGGGACAAAGGGAGGAUAAGGAUACUUCUCGAUCUAGUCUUGCCUUUGAUAUGCAAUUAGCAUUUUCAACAGAACCCAACUACCGGAGUAAAAGUGAUAUUAAAAAGAUUAUUUGGGUUCUAAGAGCAACUAAGGCAUUUAAACAGCUGUUCCCCGUGGAGGUGGAAGCAGACGUAGCAAGAUGUGUAGCAUAUGAGAGGUAUGAUUCCAACAGGAUCCUUGCGCUACAGGAACGAGAUCCUGAGAGGUUCUAUUAUAUCAUGUCGGGAAAAGUGCAAAAGGUGCAGGAGUACCGUUUAAGUUCCGGUCUCGUGACCAGGUCAGAGGGUUAUAUUGAGAAGGGCACGACAACUGAUGCACAGGAACUGGAGAUGGCCUGGCAGAGGGAACAUCACCUGGUAUCACGGGGUCAGGUUGAGGUCCUAAUCAUACACAGAGAUGACUUUUUACGGCUACGAAACAGAACUUUAGGACCACCGAUAGACUUUCUAAGAAAAUUAGAUUUAUUUCUGGAAUUUCCUUGUGAUGUAUUUAAGACAAAUCCAGAUUCAAUACAUCUCAAGUAUUAUGGCCAAGACGUGACAAUAGUCGAGGACACCAACAGAACGCCAUGGAUUCACAUAGUGAAAUCGGGACGAGUACGAGUAGUUAGAAUACAAAGCGUCAUUGACGUGGAGACGGACAGGAAGUUCAUGUCACAAAGUACGGAGGAGCUGGGUUGUGGCCGGUCUUUCAGUCAUGCACAAGCAAUGAUAGGAAGUCUGAUGUCACAGAGGAAAAUGAAGGCUCUCAGUGGCAGCAACAUAUCACUACCAGAGAUCCACACAACCGAAGUAUCCAACCCGUUUGUUUCAAGUAUGGGUAUAGGUAGCAGUUGUAGUAAUUCGUUCAGCAGAAAGAACAGCAAUUUUGCUGAAGGCAUUGGUAUACUGUCCAACGUAAGAGGCCACAAGAUAACAAAACGUCGCAAGCCCAGUGUUACGACACCCCCUCUACACUCACCUAUGGAACAGGACGAGACGAAAACCGGGAACUUGGCGGUUGAAGCCACAGAAAGACAACGGUCAAACAAGCGGAAAGCAAAAUACGUCAAACCCCCAAUCGUAGUUGAACAAGGGGUAGAUAACCCUUCAAGCGGUAGGGGAUCACGUGCAGACAUCACACCUGAUACCGAGCUUCCAGACAUACUGAUUACCAACGGACAGGAUACACCUGCAAAGAAGAAUGAUAAGAGAACGUCGUUUCCUCCUAUAAUGAAUUCCACGGAACGUCCCCACACUAAUGGCGAGCUUCAUCCCCACGGUACCUAUCUGACAAGGGAGAUGACUGAGUUCGACCCCGUAUAUGCAAGAAAGGCCACGAAGGAGAUUAAACUCCGUCCGGCUUACCUUCAGCUAGAUGUAUUAAACCCUGGUGAUAUUUUCGGUUUGGAUGCUAUUUCUAAGAAAUUCCACAGUCAGCUUAGAAGGCCAGGUGAACAGGGCCUGGAACACCUGCAGCCACCAACUGCUUCAGAGUCCAAGGGGGUCAUACUGGUCAGUGAUGGUGCUGAAGUGAUCGAGAUCAGUAAACGAUUUUUCUUGGAACACGCGCAAAACAACACGAUGCUGCGAGUAGAAACAAUGCAACGAGAAUACAUGAACAAUGACGAAGCGAAAGACAUCCUCUACACGAAGGAGACGUGGGAUCAGUAUAAAAAUGUGCUCAUGCGAAGAUUAGUGCGAAACGUAACGAAACCUCAGAGGAAGUCAUGAUGAACAUGCUAAACUGACACUCUAACAAAGUGAUGGUCAAUGGAAUUCAUUACAUUCGACAUAUAAAGUAUCAUUUUGCAUUGUUCUGACGUUUUCAGCACUCGCUGCUAAGCAAAAUAAUCCUCUAUAAAGAACAGUGGUAUCGAAAAGCGUUAGGUCAUAUAUUUAUAAGAAUUUUACAACUGUUUUUGUAUUACAGAAGCGUAAUCAAUCAGAACGAUUCUAUGUUUAAGCAAUGUCUUUAUAAUCACAAACAUAUGUUGUUGAUAUCUCCGUCGCAUGUAUGGGUAUGUACAGGUAAUACAACCCGACAUCCAUACAUUGGUAUUGGUUAGAGGACAGACGUAACAUCCUUUUGUAAAACCUGCUUAUGGGAAACAGACCAAUGCUCUUAAAAAUAUAAUAAUCCAAAUUAUAGCUGUUCAUUAUGUCCAUACUUAGAAGAAUGUCCAUUGGUCAUGCAUUUUUUAAGGCAGUUGAUUACAGAACUACAGAAUGUUAAUACCUACUUAACUGAACUCCUUAAAACUUCGAAUCAUUUCUUUGUAAGAUAUUUGUGUACUACAAUGAUAAAAUUAAUUGCUUAUACCGUCCGCAAAAUGCACAUUUUCACUCAGGCAAAUUGGGGUAAUUUCAAUAUUAAUAUAUAGUAGUUUCUAUUAUGCAAGAUGUGUAUGAUUUCUUCACACGGAGAAACAUCUGACGUUACAAGAUGGACCAUUAUCUAUGCAUAUUGAGAGGUUUUUAUUUGAGUAGUUCCGCAUUUGUUAGGUCAGUAAUCCACUGUUUGUUAUAUUAUAAUCGGCCUAAUUGUUAAAUAUUUGCCGUACAUUACUCAAUCUGUUAUACCAUGUGAUACCAUACACUUUUCACUUAAUUAACGUCAGUUAUGUUGAUGUAUGUUAUGUUGUUAAUGCUUGAGCAUGAUUGUUUUGUUUCUUUAUAAAACUUGAAAAGUUUUCUUUCCAAGCACCCUAUACUCCGUCCAUUGAUUAUAUAAAUUUAUUGCCAUUUUAUGUGUUACACACUACACGAAUACAGUGCUAUUUUUACAA